UGUCGUCGGUCAUCCGUCGAGUUCGCAAGGCGCGUUGAAUCGCAUUUAAUAGUAGGCGAAAUGUUAGCGGUAUGCGGUUACUUGUGUUGAUAUUGUUCAGUUUAACAGUGUGCACGAUAGUCUUGUGUUUCGAUAUGAUUGUGGGCGACACAGUACACAGGAAAAUGGUGUUCCACCAGAGAGUGAAGGAGUUUCCGAUACCGUUUAAGAAGCGUAUAAAAUCAUUAUCGUAUAGUGAUCCUGAGAAACGUAUUAUUAAGGGUGUUGCUGCGAUCGACAAUGAUUUCUCUCACGCGAGUGCUAAUGUCACUGAAGGAGGAGUUGGCUACUCUUACGUCACAGUCAGAAUGAAAAGCCAGCGACAUCAUCCGCUGAACUUCGAAGUCGAAAUAUACGUCUAGUCGCUGAUAUGGAGAUAUACACUGUAAACAAUAAGUGUACUGCACGUAAAUAUAAAUGUACAAUCGGGGAAACUGGCGGUGUUCCUACAAAGCUACAAUCUUUUGAACAUUUUAAUAGACGCGGAACAAAAAUCAAUGCAACCCUUAAAAAUGUGUCUGUACAAAAAAAUGUCGGUUAGUGAUACACGACUUGUUACUUUUUAUAAUUAUUCCUUCGUUUGCAUUCGCUCUAAUUAGUUAUUUAUAGGAAGAGGUGGAGACAAUUUUUCCAGAACUGGAACACCGCAGGCUUCCGUGAUUGUACAAGAACUGUAUCACUUAUAGUAACAAAAUUCUUUGCCUCGGAAAAAAUGUUCACUAAAGAACACCGAGUGUUGAUUUACACUCAGAGUAAUUUAGUUAUUAUAGAAAUAGAACAAAUCAUUAAAAAUCAUUUAACGUGUGGCAAUAAAUUGUUAAUUUGUCAUUUUAACGUACGACUGUUGAGUCAUAUAAAGAUAUUUAAACGUAAAAGUAAAGUCUGCUAUACACGCGUAAUUUUAUUUGAAUAGUCGAAUCGUUUAGAUAAAUCUAACCGUAAGUGUUGCCAACUUUACCUUUCUUAAAAGUGAGAACUAAACAGUUCCCAGUUAUGUUAGAUUUUUUGGAUGAUUAGACUGUUCAGAUAACCGAGCGAGUGUAUCAGGCUUAAAUGUUGAAUCUGUCUUCAACAAUAUCACUUAACAUUUUUACAUUCGUAGCAAUUUUCGGUUAACGUGUGUUUGUUGAACAAUCAAUUUAUUCGUAAUGAUAGAGAUUCCGUCUUAAUAACAAAUAUCCAAUAUCACAUUUCAAGAUAAAUUGCAUAGUUUAAUAAAUUGAUACUUCUCAUUUAAAUCAGAAAUCUAUAAUCUUGUUUUUCUUUCUGUUCAAUUCAGUAUAUAGUUAACAAUAUAAGAAAUUAUAACAGAUAAUUUAUACAUAUAUAGAAAAUAGUGAUAAAUCAUUAUACCGAUUGUCAGUAUUUUCUAUUUUAACUAAAUAACGACACGCAUUAUUUUUUACCAUAAAAAUACUCGUUGCAAUUAAAUUGUGUUGUUUAUUAAAGUUACACACAAGAAGACAAUUAAAUUCAAAAGUUAUCAAUAAAGCGUUUAAUUUGAUGUUACUUCUAUUAGAAUAUAUUGGAUAUUAAGGUAUGUAUUAUAACUAUAUGUGUAUUGCGUUAAAUGGAAUACAUAUUCAUUGUGUUAUGUAUCUAUUUCGGAUACAGUGAGAUAAAUACGCAAUAACUAUUGUCACGUAGGCACUAUGUAACUAGGCUAAGCAUGAUUGUCAAUACUCAAUUACAAAGUUGUUGCAGAAAAACAGAUAUAUAGCAGAAUACGAAAUCAUUUUAAUUAUUUAAUAAAUGUAUUCAUUUGUAAUUUUUACGUACAAGAUACUAUGAUAUAAAGAAAAGCAAAUAAAACGUUAGAUAUAAGCCAAAGUAAUUGUUAUGAAUCUGUACAUAAGUUAAGA